UCAGAGAGAGAAUUCCGGGAAGUACUCAAAUGGCUUAAUGUCGUUGAUCCAGCCUCCAACUAUUCAUCUGCACUGGCCGUUCGUGAACCUGGUACGGGGAAUUGGCUGCUGGAGGGAGAUGAGUACAAUGACUGGAAGGGUGACCAAGGGGGUGUUCUCUGGCUUUACGGAAUACGUAAGUGUACAGACGGGUGAAAUCUUUUGUCUAAAGAAUAUCACUAAAAUUUGCAUCUUGUAGCCGGAUGUGGCAAGAGUGUCCUCAGGUGAGAGCCCAAGUGGAUAUCCGGAGGAGCAAUAUGAUUUCCAGAUUGCUAACUUAAUCUUUAGUGCUACUUCCAUUGAAGACGUCAAAAGGGUGUGCAACAUGAACGAUGAUUACGCGUUAGCUUAUUUCUACUUCAGCUUCAGCGACUCCGAAAAGCAGAAAUUGGACAAUAUGCUUCUAUCCCUUAUUGGCCAACUUCCAAAAAGGCCUUCGGAUCGGGGUCUGCCAGCUGCGGUUGUAGACCUCUAUAAUAGUACCAAGGCAAUUGGGAAGUCGGCGGAUACCAGCACUCUAAAGGUUCUAUUGUCGCACAUUAUAAAGGAUUUCAGGAAGACAUUUAUCAUCCUCGAUGCCUUGGAUGAAUUCCCCAAGGGCACACGGGAGAGUCUACUAUCUUGGAUCAAGGAGCUUACCGUUGAUCAUCAGGCUGGAUCGCUUUCCAUUCUCCUCACCAGCCGUCCCGAGGCCGAUAUAGUGGGAUCACUAGAACCACUCACGGCUUUUUCAAUUUCGCUACAAUCUAAAACUAUCGAUCCGGACAUCCGAACAUAUGUACAGAAAUCUCUAUCGGGCAAGGAUGGCUUCAAGAAAUUCCCCGAAGAAAUUAAGAAUGAGAUAGAGGACACACUAGUUGUCCGUUCGCAAGGAAUGUAUGUUAUACUUGACUAUUGAGAUUUUAAUUUAUGCUAAUACAAGGGUGGGAAUGUUAAGGUUCCGAUGGGUGGAUUGUCUUUUGCGAAUUCUAGAAGCAUGUUUGGCGCCGGACGAUGCAAGAGAAGCGUUGAGGAAGUUGCCUAAAGACUUGGAUUCCGUCUAUGAGAGGAUUCUGGAAAGCAUCGAUGAGGUGCAGAGGAUAUACAUCCAGCGAGCGAUGAAUUGGCUUGCAUUUUCGGCAGUGCCUUUGACAUUAGGCCAGCUUGCGGAGGCCGCCGUGAUCGAAUACGAUGUCGAAAAAUAUGGCGAGGAUCCUAAGACUCGGGCUCUUUUUGAUAGCGGUUGCCUCAUGAGCAUUUGUCCUAGCCUUAUUUCCUUCGAGGAUGCUAGGGACGAUGAAUCAUCCCCACAGGAAGACCGCCAAUUACGACUGGCACAUUUCUCGGUAAAGGAAUAUUUGAUAUCCGACCGGGCAUCUCAGGGCCCCAGUGCCUACUAUCAUAUUUCCGAGGAUGAAGCCAAUUUACGGAUGGGGCAUGCGUGCCUCAGUCGAAUACUGCGACAUAGUGCCCAAGGCACUUUAAACAGGGAGGAAGUCGAAGAAACGUCAUUCCUCUAUCACAGUGCUCGUUAUUGGUUUGUCUAUACCAAAUGCAUUGAGGAUACGGCACCCACACCAAUCUCCGACGCGGCGGUGAAGGUUCUCGAACUUGGAAAGGGCUGGUUAGAUGUAUAUGACCCCGAUGAUCCUUACCGAUUUAACACCACGGGCUCCGGUGUUUACCCACCAGCUAUCUACUAUUCCUGCUUGUUAGAUUUAGUGAUGGUCUGUAAAUUACUAGUGAGCAGGAAGGAGGAUAGCGUGGAUGUGAAUGCUCAGGGUGGCAGUUAUCGCAAUGCACUACAAGCCGCUGCAUACGGGGGAAACGAAUUAGUUGUGCGGCUUCUCCUCGAGCAUGGGGCAGAGGUGAAUGCUCAGG